GCUUCAUUCCCCACAGCCCCACUUCUCUCACAUCAUUCCAUUUCCAUAGCCUACCGUCUUCUUCUUCCUACACUUCUUUCAGCUUCUUCACCGAUUCUCUUUCUAUUUGCUGCAACCUAUAUGCGUGCCCAUUUAAGAGCUAACAAAAAUGGCUAAGUUGGUUAGUAUCAUGAUUAUCUGCCUUAUUUUACUCAGUGUUGCAGAAGGCAGAGUCAUCAGUCCAGAUUCUGAUUCUCACAGAUCAGUUCAUCAUAGUCCUUCCCAUCUAGCAGCAUCACCUUCAAGGCUCAACGAUGAUGAUGAUGAUCAGUACUGCAAAGGAAUUGGCAGGGAAGACUGUUUGUUUAGGAAAACUAUGGCUGCCCAUGCGGAUUAUAUCUAUACACAAGAUAAAAAUGGACCAUGAAUUUGAACUUUACUGCUGUUAUUUGCUUUUUUUAUUUCUUUAUGUUCUUAACCAGCAUACUGUAAAGUGUAAUCAAUCUAGAAUAUUAUAAC